AUGCAGUCCCUAGGAGGACGGCGAUUCCCACGAAAGGGAAUAUCCGAGGGUGGACAAGAGAAUGCUCAAGGAAUGACUCUUCAUCCUUCUUCUCAUGAACCUAGAUCUAGACGAUAUGAAAUUCAUACGUUGUUAGACAUAGGACGUCGGGCCGGUGUAAGAAGUGAGUUGUUAACCAGUAGAACCAAGAUAACCGAAGGUAUUUGGUCCCCACAAUCUAAAUCCAAACAUCCCCUUGUUGACAAUAUGCUCCCAGAAACUCCAGUUGCUGUUUUGAGCCACCCUGAUGAGGGCUCCGGGAAUCGGAUUUUGACGGAGAAACCCAUCAAUCGCCGCCAAAUCUCCUCAAACUUCUCCACGGGGACUGAGGAUGGACUUCUGCUCUCGCAAGCCAACCAUUUGCAGUAUCCACAUCGUCAACCAAUAAAUGCACCUCAGGGAAACCUCGCCCAAAUUGAUGCGGGUUUCGCGAGAUUUCUUAAGGAACACGCAUCACCUAAACAUCAGAGGGUCACUGCGGGCGGUCGAAUCGUUCCAAUGAACCUCUCAUCUGCGCCUGCUCCCGAAUUCAAGCUCCCAGCUAUAAGUUCCCAGAGGAUUGAACCUCACAAGGAUGACAGCAUCCAUGUUACAAACCGUCCACUGAAAGCACACGCCGAUUUCCAGCACGAGAGCGGAGACUUCCAGCACCAGGGCCUUCGUGCUGACGCAUAUCAGAGCAGGUGUAUCGGGCAGAACUUCGCUGCUCCACUGAUGCAGUCUGGGUCAAAUUCAGAAGAAAUCAACCACCUUCCAUUCACAUCGGCACGGGCAACAUCAGGCCAACAAGCGCAACGAACGUUACAUGUAAACCCAAAUCCCAACCCUGGAAGACAGGAGAGAAUGACGCAGUUCGGACCGGAAACCACAGCUGCCACUUCCGGCUACACAAUACUGAAUGCAGCAGGUGAGCAAGUUGGCUGGGUUCCGAACAACGCCCAGCAAUGCUAUACCUCCAAUUCCACAGACCAGCCCUUUCCAGUGGCUUAUGCAAUGUCAAACGGGGCAAUUAUUGGCGUGUACCCCCUAGAUCAGUCAGGUUUGAUGAUGACGGCAACCCCUCAGCUAUUCCCGCUCUCAACUAUCCCGAUCAAUCAGCCAAUGAUCAACCAACCUUUGGUUAAUCAGAAUAUGGUCAACCUGCCUAUGAUAAACCAGCCUAUGAUUCACCAGUCACCGCCUUCCAACUUAGCUAUGCCCUUCACAGGUUUGUCAGAGGACUUGUUGAGCUAUAAAUCUCUUGAACACGCGACUAGGGAGUACGACAAACUUUCAGACCAGCUUUCGAGUUUGGAUAGAUAUCUUGCACUACAUUCUUUGGAUGUCGACCCUGCUGCAAAGAGAAUUCUGAUUGACCAGCGUGUGGAGCUUGUGAUGAAACUUGAUGUUGCAAGAUCGUUGAAAGAGCAGAUUGAAUUAGCACUCCAGCUCUCGAAUUCUCGAGCCGCAAUGGAGCAUCAAUCCUUCGGUCUUCAGCAAUUCAAUGAGUUUGCAAGCCCGGUUGCUCCUUCUUGGUUACCUAACUUGGGCCAGCAUAACAAUAACGUUGGAACGAGCAACUUGAAUGCAGCAGGUUAUAUGAUUUCUGCAAUGGGGUUGCCAAUGGCCGACUCCUAUACCAAUGCUUAUGCAAAUCAAGCCAGAGCUCCAUUUGUCCCAUCUGGGCUUGUACCCAGCUUACAGGGUUGGAGGAGCAGCAAUGGAAAUAGUAGUGGCAACCACGUUCCCCAGAACUGUGCGGUGAACACUGAACAGCUGUUAAACAAUGACUACAAUCCAGUUGAAAUUGGACAAGCAAGACAAUCGCUAUCUAGUGUAGGAGGAAGCGCGUUUAAGGCCGGCUACGGGGCGGCUAGAGAGAGUGCUCCACCUGAGAUUGCUCGAGUUUAUCAAAAUAUCGAAAUGGCAGCCAGCUUAGGUGAACCGCUGGGUCCACUUAUCGAAGAACUUGCCCUUGUGGCGAGGCAGCUGAAUGUCUCUGAUAUCAUUGAGAAUCAGGGCUUGAUAGCGCAGCCAGAACAGGCACCAAGAUCUAGCGAUUCAAAAGUCAACCGAACGGGGUUAGACCCGUCUAAUGAAGUUGCCACAGUCGACAGUUUUAGCGGGGAGUCGAAACCGUCUACCUUCCCAACGGCGGAUUCGAAAAUGACUUCUGUAGCCCCUCCAAUUGCUCCUCCCAAUGCGGUUCCCGAAGCAGUUCCCAACGCUGCUCCCAACGCUCCAAAGAUGAAAAAGACAAUCAUCAUUCGCAAGCCUAGCGAUGUUGUCGACUUAGAGACGGGUUUUCCAGCCGCGACGGCCCAGCCUAGUAAAUACAAGAUGAACUCAUACGUGGAGUCUGUGAAGUCCAAAGAACUAGCUAGGGAUCUUGCCCUGGCAAAAGAGAGACAUCGUCAGAACCAGCUUGUGAGAGACGACGACGACUCCCCCACACCGCUGGGACGCCACUCCCUUGGGACAUAUGGGUCAGUGAGCGGAAGUGUGAUGGGAAAUGAAACCAACCAGCAAAGUGCACCACUCAGCAAUUGGAAACAAUUGGGGAAUAGCGGUCCGUCAAAAAAGGCAAAUACCUCCACAGCUUCUUCAAAGGUGAAUGCCUACGGCUUGCUGCCCCGAUAUGACGGAGCUGAUGACGAGGAUGAUCGCGGUUCCAAGGCCAUAGAUGCUACUUUGGGUGUUUCCGUGUCCGGGAUUGGCACGGCGAAAGCAGUAGGGGAAACGGGCGCAACUAAAAGCACGGACAAAGAUUGGUAUCGCAAGGUGCCUCGCAAAGACGCCAACCCCAAGGAUGUUCGAGAAUUUUUCAAGCUUCUACGUGAGCAGGAAAAGGACAUGAUUAAGAACCACCGCAAGGAGAGUCGUCGGUUUGGAUAG